AUGUCUUUUGAAAUGGAAGCCUGGUUGAAUGUGUGCCGAUGUUGUCUUACACCAGACGCAGCAGUGUCAAUUCUAGACAGCAAUGAAAAUAUUAAAGCGAAGUUUCUUGAGGCCACUGCUAUAGAGGUUAGUCCUUAUGACAAAUUACCACAAAGGCUUUGCAAUGAUUGCAUGGCUGUACUAAACACAGCCCAUGAUUUUCGCACUCAAUGCCAAAAAAUGGACAAGGAACUUAGAGCACAACUUAUUUCUAAUCACCCUCAGGUAAAGGUUGAAUAUGUGCCACCAAAUGAGAAAGAGGUUAGUGAAGAUGUUACAGAGGAAUGUAUGAAGAAAUUGCAAUCAAUUAUUAAAUCAGAACCUAUGGAUGAUGACGACUGCUAUUAUGUUUUAGUAAUUGAUGAUAAGGAUGAUUCUACCAAAACAACAUACAAGCCACAAACAAUAAAAAUGGAAGUUACGGACACUGACAAUAAUGAUAAAGAAUUUGAGGACAACAUAGUACACCAAGAAACAAUUCAAGAUUUUGGAGAUCAAAUUGAUUUAGAGAACACUAUUAAUUCUUUUCUUCUUUCUAAUAAUAAAGUACCAACUAGUGUUCCAGCUACUAUAUUAGAAAAUGAAGAAGGGCAUGAGACAGAAGUUGUAUUGAACAAUAAUAUUGAAAAUUGUAAUAUUGUAGCGGACAAUACCUAUAGUAAAUCCCCCAAAGUCACUAUUGCGGAUGGUAUAAAAGAAUUUAAUCCAAAGAACUUGAUCAAAAUUGUUACUCCAUAUGGUGUUGAAAAAACAAUCUUAUUAGAAAAUGAGGAUGUCAACUAUAAUGCAGAAAAUCAAGAGGAAUCAUAUAAUAAUGAUGAAGAAGUAUCACAAGAAGAAAUAAUACUGUGUGAAGGUGAUGAUACUUCACAAUUUCAAAUACUAAAGGUAGAUGGGUCUGAAUUUGUGAUUGAAUAUGCCGAUGAGGGACAAAUAACAACAGUCCUUCAACAGGAAGAUGGCACCUUCCUCUGUGAUUGUGGUGAACAAUUUGAUGAUAUACAGCAAUUUCAAAAACAUCAGUACAAACAUAAUCCAGCUGGUGAACAUCUAUGUAACUUGUGUGGCAAAGGUUUUGAAUCAGCUGAAAUAUUGACAGGACAUACUUUACUUCAUAGAUCUAGUGGACCCUUAGUAGCAUGUCCAUUCUGCAGUCAACUCAUAAGGCGCAAUGCUUUAACGCAACACAUUAAGUACACACAUAAUUCAAAACCUCAAUGCACUGUAUGCAAUAAAACAUUUGCUAAUCAAAAUAAUUUAAAACGUCAUAUGAUGAUACACAGUGGAAUAAAGGAAUUUGAAUGUGAUAUUUGCUUUAAAAGAUUUAACCAAAAGAUAACUAUGCAGACACAUCGGCUAACCCACAUAAAUUCUACCACCUGUUACCUAUGUGACACUAUAUUUGAAGAUCGGGCAGCAUUGGCCCAUCAUAAAGAGGCAAAUGAAUGCCCAAAAUCUAAGGUAAAAAAUGUCAGGGAUGAGUUGAUAAAAACCGUUCGUCAGACAGUAACUACAAACCUUGGUAAAGUACUAGGCUAUGCUUGUUCAUUAUGCAAAAAAAUGUUUUCUCUUGAAUCAGCUUUAGACCAACACAUUGAAAGCACUCACAUAGUUGAUGAAAUAGACAUAAAAAAAGAAGAUAAGCAAAUGAAACGUUUUGAGUGCUCAAUGUGUGGAAAACGUUGUGCAAGUCAAGCAAUGCUCAUAAUGCAUGAACGGGUACACACAAAUGAAAGACCAUUUCCUUGCCAGUUAUGUACGUUGAGGUUCAAAACUAAAACACAUCUAAGGACCCAUCAAUUAACACACACACGAGAAAAGAAAUUUGGCUGUUCUGUUUGUAUGAAGUUCUUUGCCCUUAAAGGGAACCUGGUAGUACAUUUGCGAACACAUACCGGUGAAAGGCCCUAUGUAUGUUCAUUGUGUAAUGAAGCAUUUAUAGACUCAAAGUAUUUGAAAAAGCAUAAGUUACGAAAGCACUCUAUUGAAAAUGCAGUAUGGAAUGAAUAUUAG